GCUCCCCCCUCCCCCACAUCCUGUUGUCACUCAUAGCUGGGGACAAAUUACCCCACACAGAGCACGGGGCAGAGGAGAUACCCUGCAGGAUGUCUGACUCCCUGGUCGUUUGUGACGUGGACCCCGAUCUUAAGGAAAAGCUGCGGAAAUUCCGUUUUCGGAAAGAAACCAACAACGCUGCCCUUCUGUUGAAGAUCGACCGGGAGCGGCAGCUGGUGGAGCUGGAGGAGGAGUUCCAGGAUAUCUCACCUGAUGACCUUCAGAAUGAGCUCCCAGAACCGCUCCGCAGAUUCCUGGUUUACAGUUAUAAGUACGAACACGAAGACGGCAGAGUCUCCUACCCGCUGUGUCUGAUUUUCUCCAGCCCGGUGGGGUGUAAGCCGGAGCAGCAGAUGAUGUACGCUGGGAGCAAGAACAGAUUGGUGCAAAUCGGAGAGCUGACGAAGGUGUUUGAGAUCAGGAACACCAGCGACUUGACGGAGGAAUGGCUGAAGGAGCGCUUGGCGUUCUUCCGCUGACGUGCGCAGAAUAUUCGCUUACUGGAAAACCCCAAAAAUGAUGUUUUAUCUCUAAAUUAACUGAAGAUUUAAAGGACCCCGAGAAAUGGCUGCGCGGAUUAACCCCACAAAUAACACAUGGAGGUGUAAGCGAUAUUCACCCUUGUAGUGCCAGAAGGGUUAAAUACACUGCUACUCCUUUAAGAUUUGACCCGAAUGGAUUGUACGCUCUGUGGGUCAGGUCACCGACGGGACGUAAAAUUCAUUCCUGUCAUACAGUGCAUGCAGCGUAUGAAGUGUCAGCGACCUGCAGAGCUUACAAUCCGCACAAGUCAGGUUUUACGAUGUGGCAGCAAAAACUGGCCCUUUAAGAGUUAAGUGUCUGCCGUGGGAUUUGGUGUAAUUGGAAAGGUUAAAACCACCCAAAAUAAUAAAUAAUAAAGAGAGUGAAAGUUA